GUGGAAUUAUGUGAUUACAUCAAGAUCUAUCCAUCAUAAAUGCAGGAGGCACAGCCUAGAAGAAGAAUUUCAUUUUAUUUUUCAAUUUAUUCAUUUUUAGUAGUUAAAAGGACUAAGAAAGGUUAAUUUAUGCAAUCCUUAAAAGGAUCACAGAACUCAUAAGAGUGAAAUUACUGCCUUUAUUACAUUUCUUUUAGUCAGUUAGGUAGUAGGACCUCUUCAGUCAUAGAGAGGAGAAUUCAACGGCUUUUUUGAUAAUCGGGAAGGAUAAGAAACAUCUGUUUGUCAGACUGCAUAGAUGUAGCCCUUCAGGAAAGAAAUGAAGAUACAUGAGACCUACUGAAACUGCUUCUGCAUUCUUUUUCCUUGGGAAGCCUUGCUAAUGUGUACCACCACCUGCACAUGGUAACUCAUCUGUCUACGCAGAAUACAUUUUCAAAACCAUAAUGCUUUUAUGAUGCCAGGAACCAGUACUACAUCUGCUCUGGUGCUAGAGUAUCAGCAAAUGAAGAGUGAGGAAAAUUUCUCUACCAGAAGUUUCAACACGCUAGAAAAUGUUGGCAUGACUUCUGCUGACAGAGAAAAGUUCUCCUCAAAGGUGUUUAAUACUCAGAGUAAUGAAACUUCAGUUAAAGAGCUCUCUCUGAGAAGAUGCCCCUUACUAACUCAUACUGAUCGAGAGGACAAAGCACCGGUUUCAGAAAUCUGUGAACCUCCUAAGGUUACUGAAGAAUCUGAAGCUGAGAUUUUAAAGUAUGAUUUAGAGAUACCACCUGAAGCCAAAGUCUUAUCAGUACCACUUUCUUCUUUCCCACCUAUGAUGCAGCAACUGAUGUCAGACAGAACUAAAGAUGACACUGAAGUAAGGGAGACUACAGAAAUACCAACUGUUACUUAUAUUUCGCCAGUAAUAAAGGUGGAAGAGGCUUCCAAACCCUUUUGGGACAAUUUUCCAAAGUCUUUAAUACCAACCAGCACAAAUUUAGCAAGACCCUGUUGUAGUCCUGAUAAAGUAACUGAAGAUGUGAGAAGUUCCCAGAUAACCCCAGUGAAACAGUUUGCACGAGAAAAGCUAGUCAGCAAGACAGCAAGACCAUAUCCUCUUAUUGUAAAGUCAUCUAACAGCAUUGUUUCAGGAAUUUUAAGAUCAUUGAAUGAUAUCAAGUAUAAGGAUUAUAAAAAUAUUUUACCACUUUCAUCUGUCAGCCCUACUGAAGAGAAAAUGAAAAUUCCAAUCCUUAAGGAAAAUGCUGUGAUGAUUCAUACUGGGAAAGUCUACCUCCUGUACGUAAAGAGUCAUGAAGUUCUGCCACUAGAAAUAGAAAUACAAAGACGAAAAACGUUGUUUAGGAAAACCACAACUUGUUUCAUUCCUUUCAGAGCUAUCCAUGACGUAACUCCCAAAGUCUCAGAUACACUCCUGUCAAGACAGUGUGUUGCAAAACAGAACAUAAAAUGUCUUCCAACCCUUGCUACCCACCAAGAUGAAAUUUCAAAGUUUCUCAACAAGGCUGACUUCCCAUCCAAAGAAGACUUGCAAACAAGAAAUUGGAAAAAAGCACGUAAGGAAGAAGACAACAAACUCAGGAAAGAAUUCGGUAUUAUUAAAGAUGUAAGAGUCCAUCUCACAAGGAUAAGUACGAGUGAACUUACAAAGGAUUCUGACAGAGCUUCUACAUUUAAAUGGAAGGUAACCACCAGGACAGAGAAAUAGAAAAAAGUGUCAAAGGACACUUUUGUCCAUAUACAUAGGACACCUAAUUGUCCAUAUACAAAUAUAAAAGCAUUCAUCACCUUGAUGUGAUCAUUACACAUUAUUAGUACACUCUUCGAAACAUUUGAGCCCUUGUCAUAAACCAUUUUCCAUUUGAGAGCCUCACAUGGUUUAUAAAGAUUUACAGCGCCAAUAUUUUUUAUCAGGGUUACUGGAAGUCAGGGACCUCUGUCUUUGCAGAUUACAUUCUGUUGUUAUAUUCUGUCAUUUUCUGCAAACUUUGACUAAACACUGUGGAAACAAUAGCAGAUCUGGCUAAAGGUAACUUGUAUCAUAAUAGUUAAGAUUUCAAGCGGGAAAGAACUUCUUCAUACAGGGAAUGGGAGGUCUCUGCUGUCUUAAUCUGUUAAUCACAUCUCCAGUUGCACCAUGCCCUAAUAAAGUGUGUCUUUUUCAUAUGUACGUAUUAAAUUAUUUCUGAUAACUAUUUAAUAACACUGUCAUAAAUUCUGCAUAAAUACUCUGAAAUUACACACAUUUAAUUGAUGGCAGCUUAAAUAAAUAUACCAGCACAUCAGAAUCUCUAUAUCUCUAUUAGAUGCUGUUGUAUCCCCUUCAACAGCACAUGAGAGUAAUCACAAUAGAAACUAAUACAUGCGUUUAAAUUUUCCUCAAAUAUUGAACUAGUCAAACCACAGGACCCCAGCCCAGAUCUGUUUUUACUAACAUUUAGUUAACCUAUAUGUUUAGCAAAGACACUAAUUUUGGAAUUUAUCUUAAAAACCCAAACUAAGUUAUGCUGUCCAGAUUUGCCUAGAUUAGAUCAUUUUAUUCAGUUAAUAAAAACUGUCACGUUAAGAGUCAUCAGCAUCAAUUGAAGUAAAAUCAAUGUAUGUAUAUUGGAGCCUUUUUGUUCAGCAGCACACUCUGUCACCUGAACCGGUUUUGGCAAAGGGAACUAAAAUAACUAAAGCAAUGGAAGUAAUCUCAACUCAGAAGAAGGAGAAAGUGCAUUCAACCCAGAGAAGCAGCACAGCACAGAACAAGAAAAAGGUGGGAAAAAAAAAUCUAUGCCAUCAGUGUGUAAAUCGAAAAAACACCACACAUCUGCCAGAUCCUAUUUUGGGAAGAGCGCUUAAAAAAAACCCUGUGCAUUCAAGAUGAUGCAAAUGAAUUUUCCAAAAAGUAAAACUUUACUUUCCGGUUGGUGAAAGGAUACUUUCUUUGCAGAUGUACCAGUUGUAAAGACAGCAUCAAGAGAAAGAACAAAUGUAAACAAUCUUUUAAAAUCCUUAAAGAAUGAGAAAUAGCAGUAGAAGCAAAGUAUAAGAAAAAGCAGUAGACAUGAAAAAUGGUUCUCUCUGCUCUUGAACUACAAAACUUCAAAUUGUUGUU